CAUCCUGUGAAUACUACGACUGGGGAAUCUUUCUACUCCUGUCAGCGAGGGUUAGGUGUUGGGUUCCGGGUCGAGCACCGCUAUGCUCGGGUCCGUGAGCCCCCGGUGACCAAGACGGACAAAGAACUCGCAGGAGACCUGGUACAACAAUGUCUCAAGAGCGCGAGGAUGCCACCGGGGCUGCAGGCAGCUCUCAAGGUCCCAGAGUUCCAGACGCGGAUGUCUACCCUCCCUCAGAUGUCUAUUUGCAUGUUACUCCUCCACCGCAUGCGACCUCUUUAACGCGCUUCGAGAUAUGGACCACGCGGAUUCCGCACGCAUAUAUUACGCCCCUGUGCGGGGCAGCAGCAGGUGUCGCAUCGGGGAUUGUGACAUGUCCACUGGAUGUGAUCAAGACGAAGCUGCAGGCGCAGGGAGGAUUUGUACGGAGAGGUGGGAAGAUGAUAGAGCCGUCGAAUCUAUACCGUGGAAUGAUCGGGACCGGGAGGAUGAUAUGGCGGGAAGAAGGUGUUCGAGGUCUAUACCGUGGUCUGGGCCCGAUGCUGAUGGGUUACCUGCCAACCUGGGCUGUAUACCUGACGGUGUAUGACCGAUCUCGGGAGUUCUACCAUGAGAAGACAGAUAAUUGGUGGCUAGCACGUGGCUAUGCCUCCAUCACAGCAGGAGCGUGCUCGACGGUCGUUACGAAUCCGAUCUGGGUCAUCAAGACGAGAUUGAUGUCUCAGAGAGUGGCCAAAAUCUCCGAUGGCUACGUAGCCCCAUGGCAUUACAAGAACACACUAGACGCCGCUCGGAAGAUGUACAUGACUGAAGGUAUUCGCUCCUUCUACUCCGGACUCACCCCGGCCUUGUUGGGACUCACGCAUGUGGCCAUUCAAUUCCCGCUUUACGAGUACCUGAAGAUGGCAUUUACGGGAUAUGGUAUCGGCGAACACCCUGAAGAUGGCAGUUCUCACUGGGUAGGGAUUUCUCUUGCGACGUUCCUGAGCAAAGUUUGCGCAAGCACCAUGACAUAUCCUCAUGAGGUUCUACGGACGAGGCUUCAGACGCAACAAAGGGCUGUUCCAGCACCGUCCCCCGAGGAGAUUACGUUUCGUGGCGGUCUGCACCAUCCUGAAGACGGCGGUCGGCCUUCUGGUCCAUCCUCGUCGGAUGGCAUGCGUAACCGUCCUCGCUACCAAGGCGUUAUUCGCACGUGUAAGACGAUACUGCAAGAGGAGGGCUGGCGUGCAUUCUAUUCGGGCAUUGGAACCAAUCUGGUUCGCGCCGUACCAGCGGCCAUGACGACUAUGCUUACCUACGAAUAUCUGCAGAAAUCGAUACAGAGGGUCCAGCACGAGGGCGAGAAGAAGCUCACUUCAAUUGAGACAGGAGAUGGGGAUGCUGUUCUAUGACGCAGCUGACACUUGACUGAGGGGAUACAGUCAAGCGUUGCUAUCUGAGACAGCGUAAAUGGGGACGGCAAUCUAUAGCCGCCAUCUGCUUGAGUAGGCAAAAUGUCUCAGGCACUUUUUGACGCCAUAUCUA